AUGGCGGUUCCCACUCUGUCUAUGUCAACGGACUUCAGUGCAGGCACCCAGUUUGCACUGCAGGAUUCAGAGAUUAAACCAGUGAAGCUGGAAGACUGCAGUCAAACACUGGAGCUGAAUGUCAACAUUAAAGAUGAAGAAGAGAAGAUUGGAAAAUCUCUUUCUCAUGGAGACCAUGUUGAGACAUUCUCUACAUCCAGAGAGCAACAGCAGGAAGAUCACAGAGCUAAGUGGUCUCACCACUGCCCACAUUGUGAGGAGAAUUUUUCAGUUCUAUCAACACUAAAAAUACACUUGAAAAUACACCUAGGAGAGAAUCUGUAUUCCUGUACUGACUGUGGGAAGAAUUUCUCAACAUCAAAGGUUCUAACAGUUCAUCAGAGAGUGCAUACAGGAGAAAAGCCUUACUCCUGCUCUGACUGUGGUGCGAGUUUCUCUCAACUGGGCACCUUAAAACGACAUGAACGUGUACACACAGGAGAGAAGCCUUACUCCUGCUCUGACUGUGGAAAGAGUUUCUCUCGACCCGAUGACUUAAAAACACACAAACGUAUACAUACAGGAGUGAAGCCUUACUCCUGCUCUGACUGUGGAAAGAGUUUUUCUCGACUGGGCCACUUAAAAACACAUGAACGUAUACAUACAGGAGUGAAGCCUUACUCCUGCUCUGACUGUGGAAAGAGUUUCUCUCAACUGGGUGAAUUAAAAAUACAUGACCGUAUACAUACAGGAGUGAAGCCUUACUCCUGCUCUGACUGUGGAAAGAGUUUCUCUCAACUGGACAGCGUGAAAACACAUGAACGUAUACACACAGGAGAGAGGCCUUACUCCUGCUCUGACUGUGGAAAGAGUUUCUCUAAACUGGACAACUUAAAAAGACAUGAACGUAUACAUACAGGAGUGAAGCCUUACUCCUGCUCUGACUGUGGAAAGAGUUUCUCUCGACUGGGCCACUUAAAAACACAUGAACGUAUACAUACAGGAGUGAAACCUUAAUCCUGCUCUAAUUGUGUAAAAUGCUUCACAUCAACUCACCUAAAAGUUAAUCAGAGAACACACACGGGAGAGAACCCUUUCUACUGCUCUGACUGUGGAAAAAGUUUAUUUUGAAUGUGCCUGUUAAAAAGACACCAAGGUAAACAUAAAGAAGAGAAGACUUACCACUGA